AGAAGUUGUUGAAUGUUAAAUCGUUGAACUUUAAAGAGCGCAUUCUUUGCUGAUGGAAGGAGAGGAAGAAAUCGCUGAUAAACAAUGGAACCUCUUUCCUCACUGCCUCGUUAUAGGUAUGAAAGAGAAAAGAAGAUCACGUUCCAAAUCGGAAUAUAUAGGAGAUUUCAACGACGAUAUUAAACCUAACAACGGGAUAGAGUUAUUUGAUGCUUUCAUAGAGAGAAAUAACGAUUGUUACUGGAAUCCGCAUUUGGAUGAAAGCUUAAAAAAUAUUAAAUACAUUGGCUGUCUGCGUUCACAUACGUUGUUGAUUAAUGGAAGAGACAUUUACUUGGAGACUAUCAAGUCUGCUUGGUCUAGAAGAGUCUUAAGGGCACCGAAGGGAUUUUCUUUAUGCCGUAUUGCUGAACUCCAACCGACUCCUGUCUCAAUAGUCCCUCAAAGCCAAUUCACACCCUUACCUGAAGCGUUAUGUAUAAUAGUUUCGGAUUUACGUCGACUAAACAAAAGGGCAGAUCUGGAAUCGAUCUGUUUGAAAUUGAAGGAUACUUAUAAAUCUAUUCAGGCACCGCCUGAACAAGUUGUUUAUGAGACGCUUGAUAGCCUACUAAAAGAGAACAAACUCAUCUAUAUAGGUAACGGCUAUGAAUUGGUAACGCCGGAAACGCUCGCCAAAUUAAAACAGCAACAAACCUUACACAAUCGUUUAUCCGUCCGCGACCAUAAUCUUGUAAUAGACGGCGAUAGUGAGACACCGACUCUAUAUAUUCCAAUUAUGCAGCCGAAUCAACCAGACAUUCGAUCGAUAUCUUGCCAAACUUCCCCGGUCGAUGAGGAAAAUUUAAAUAAUAUGAAUAACCCGGAAGAUAUUGAUCUUUCACCCAAGAAAAUAGAAAGAUCUCAUUCCCUUAGAUAUAGGCGUGAUCAUCCAAAAACGUUGCGAAGAACUAGUUCCCUCCUUCAUCCAGAUAAUAAACGAUCGAAAAAUCCACUACAACAUUCAGCCACUAUGCCGUUGGUUGGAGAAACAGAAAAAACUUUCGAGCAUAAGAAAGAUUGUGUUAGAAAACAAAAAUUUUAG